CAGACAUUUGAAAUAAUGGUUGAACUGCCUGAAGAACAGCGGCUUAUCAAUAAGCUUUCUUUGGAGGCCUUCAAUGCUACUUCUGAGGUUGAUGUGAAACAUUUUAUCCUUGGAUAUAAGAGGAAUGACAAUGACCUGUAUCAAUUCAUCGAAACAUUAUUCUAUCAUCCACUGUUCAAGUCAGUUAUGAUCAGCACCAUCACACUAAAUGCAAUCUUUUUGGCUUUAGAAACUGAUUAUAAAGUUCGCUAUGAGUCCAAUUUCUUCCUGGAGGUAACAGAUCUAAUCAUUUUAGCCAUCUAUACCACAGAAUUUCUGAUGAGUUUUUACCUGGACCCUGUUAAUUAUUGGAAGGAUGGUUAUAAACGAUUUGAUUUCAUUGUCCUUCUCAUCGCUUACCUCCCAUACACCAUUGACAGAGGCAACCCCAAAAUGCACCAAACUGCAACCAUGCUAAAAGGCUUCCAGGUACUACGGGUUCUCAAACUUAUCUACUAUAGCCCAGGAAUGAGGAUUCUGAUGGCAGCCUUGGGAAAGACUAUGAAAAAUGUGAUCUAUGUCCUUGUUUUGUUAUUCCUCGUAAUGUUUAUCUUUGCAAUUUUGGGUCAUGGUUUGUAUGGAGAUACUGACCGUGGAGACUCAAAGAACUGGGGCACCUUAGCAGCUGCCUUUUUCACUCUCUUCAGUUUAGUAACGGUUGAUGGUUGGACAGACUUGCAAGAUGAAUUGGACGACAAAAAGUUUGCUACAAGCCGGGCUUUCACAAUUGUGUUCAUUCUCUUAGGAUUUUUUGUGUUUUUCAAUAUGUUUAUUGGAGUUGUCAUUAUGGAUAUUCAGGAGUCCACUGAAGAAUAUGAUCAAAAGCUUAAAGCGGAGAGGAGGGCUAAUCUGAUUGCCAAGAAGCAAGCCAUUUUAAAAAGGCAACAGGAAGAAGUGAAUGAAUUGCUCGCUCAGCAAAAAUCAACUGAAUAUCAAACCUUUGAUGAAAUGGUGGAAGACUUCAAAAAAACCUUGCUUCACACAGAUCCUGUGAUCUUAGAAGACUUUUGUGCUAGCCUACCAUUCAUUGAUCUCUAUCUCGCAUCCCUAGAUCGCCAGGAUGCCACAAUUUAUAAGUUGCAAAAACUCUAUUAUGAAAUUGUUGCCACUUUGACUGCUCUGCUACGAGACUCACAAGAAAACACCUUGCAAUCUUUGCAGACUCUGAAGGAAAAAUCUAAGUCUUAUGCUUCUAUCAAUCCAAACAGAUAAAUGAAGUUAUUUUCUUUCCAUCUGGAAAAAAAAAGGAGAGAACCCUUUUUGUGCAUUGCAUAACCAUGACUGAAAUUAGUGGCAAAUCUCCCUCAUGAACUUGUGUCAGAGAUCAGAUUUUACCCAGCUUGUUCACAUCUUGGGAAAUGUAAACAUAAUUUGGCUGUUCUGCUAAUGUAUCGUUGUGUUUGUGACUAUAUCUUUUUCGAUCUUUAUAGGCUUAGGUCAAACUGUUAGAUCAUAUCCUGUGAUUUUUUUUCUCUUGGAGGCCAUGUGGUAACUGUUAAGUGGUAAACCCAGAUGGGAUGCAAAAUGAAGAGUUAUUCUGUGUGUGCAUAGCAUUCACCCCCCCCCCCUUUGUUGUUUGUUGGGUGAAAGGAACAAGAAUUUAUGGCUGCAUGAAAUUUUCCCUUCCACAGUGGUCAGUGAGAACAUAGAAUAGAAAUAAGGAUCAUGUAUCAUGACUACCAUCUAAGGACACGUAUGGCACAUGUGGCUUUGUCAUGAUGGAAUCUGAAUUUCUGCAUACAUGUUGUCAACUUAUGUAGUCAUUCAUUUGCAUCACUAAUUGCUCAGAUGGCAUGGGAAAAGGGUUGGGUGACAAAGUAAAAAAGCAGACUCUUUGUGCUUGGUAUAAUAAUUUUAGUGUGUGAGUUGCUCUCAGUUUGUGGCAACAAAAAACAAAGACUUCUGUGGCAUUUUAAGAACAAACAGUUAUUUAUCAGGCAUAUAGUUUGUGAACUGCAACUACUAGAUUAGACCCAUUAAAUCCAUGGGAUUUACCCCUGAGUCACCAUUCAGCAUCUGAUUAGGUGGGUCUAUUUUUGUUGGGAAUGACCAAUAGAACUCAUUCAAAGCUCUACAUGUGCUUUGCAUGUGUGGUGGGAUGUGGAGCAUUAAAAUGCAAAGAAGUAUGGACAGGAAUAAUGAUCUUAAUACUGGUCAUUAAUAAUACUUCAGUAAUAAUACAGGAAGUCUUGUAUUUAUGAUGUAAGGGACAUAAAUGCAAAGAAGGAAGGAAAAUGCCUUUGUUCUUGUUCUGGGCAGAGGAGAAUUGAGUUGAACUUCCUGAUCAAUUCACCUGUUUUGAAUUGGAAUCUGUUCAAGGACUGAUAUAUUUUGCUAUGGAUGAUCCUUAGAGGGAGAUACUAGUUUCUUAGAAGAAGUUAGAAAGCUGAUUCCUCCCAGCUCACAUCUCUUAGGCCCAAAACAGAAUAGCUAAAAAAACUUGGGUUCCAGCUACUUUGGGGGCAUGGCGUUCAGAUGAUGCACACCCUCAAAGUGGCCAGAAGCCACUCUGAAGCUGUGUCAAGGUGUCAGGAGCCCGACUUUUCAGGAGUGGAUUUAAUUCGCUCCUGCCAGCGACCCAUUCGGGACUGCAGUGGCAGCCCGCUUCAGGAGCAGGCCAUGUGGUCACUGUGGCCUUGGUUGAUUGGGGCCUUGGCUGUCUGCUUUUGCCCUUGGACAAUAUUUCCUAAGAUCUCCAGAGCCUCCACAUGCUUGUAUUUCAAUUCAUCCCUAAAUGCUCUUUCUUAUGAAGGCUCUAAUUCAAUAUUUCAUGCUUCAGUAAUGAUAAAUUAUUUUGUAAGAUCCAGUAUAUAUUCUAAUAAAUCCUGCUUUCAUUCA